AUGCCGGACCCUAAAAAGGUGGAAGCUAUCCUGAAUAUGAAACAACCUACUAAUGUAACUGGUGUUAAAGAGUUUACAGGUUGGCCAGAAGGAAAUGAUGAGAUGCCUAAUGCAGUCAAAGCCUAUAGUCAUACCAAGGAUGAGUACUCAGUUCAAGACGGGUUAAUUUUUAAGAGGAAUAGAAUAGUCAUUCCAUUAAACCUCAGACAUAAGAUAAUGCAGGUCGUUCAUUCAGCACAUAUAGGAAUUGAGGGCUGUCUACGGAGAGCCAGAGAAUGUAUCUAUUGGCCAGGAAUGAACUCUGAUAUAAAGCAAUUCAUCUUAUGUGAAAUUUGUAAUAAAUUCCCUUGUGCUCCACAAAAGGAAACUUUAAUUAAUCAUGAAAUUGCUGAUCGGCCAUGGCAAAAUGUUGGAGUUGAUCUAAUGAGUAUUGAAAAGCAUAAUUAUCUUAUAACUGUUCAUUACUUCAGCAAUUUUUGGGAAUUUGACUACCUAGAAAACACAUUAGCCAGUACAGUGAUUAGAAAACUUAAAUCUCAUUUUGCUAGGUAUGGAUUGCCCUGUGUAUUGAUUAGUGAUAAUGGACCCCAAUUUAUAAAUGAGAAUUUCAAACAGUUUGCAAGUGAUUAUGAUUUCGAGCAUAAGACAAGUAGCCCUACACAUGCCCAAUCUAAUGGUAUGGUCGAAUCUGUAGUGAAAACAUCUAAACGUUUAAUUAGAAAAGCUGUUGAAAGUAAUAAAGAUCCCUAUCUAGCCAUUUUGGACCAUAGGAAUACUCCUACUAGUGAUAAAGACGCCAGCCCAUCACAGUAUAGCCUAGGUAGGAGAGCACGUACCAAAUUACCAAUGUUAUCCAAGUUACUUGAAAAUCAAAAUGUAAAUUUAGAGUUGGCUAAGGUCUGGGGAAAAGGAAAAGUUGUGGAACGAUUAGAUGAAAGGCCUUAUCUAAUUGAAAGUGAAGCCAAGCUAUUUAGAAGGAAUAGAGUUCAGUUGAAAGAAACCCCAAGUGAUGUGCAUAUGCCCAAGGUAAAUGAACCAGUAACUACUGACCGUAUUGGUAAUGAAAUUGCAACUCCUGUCAAAGUGGAAAAUAAAGUUGAAAGUGACAGACAAACAAGGUCAACCAGAAAUAAAUUACCCUCUAAGUAUUCUGAUUAUGAAAUGUAUUGA